UUCUGGUGAUAUUUGGUCCCGACUUUGUUCAAUUUAGUUCUUAAUUAAGAAAUGGGAGAUGCUAAAGAUAAGAAGGAAAAUGCUCCUCCAGAACCGUCCCAUGAACCUAAGGUUUCCUCUCCAAAUGACGAUCAAUUACAUAGUGCAGCUCAAACCAGCCAACAUACCAGUGAAAUAGAGAUCUCCAAAAUUCAGGAGACAGCUGUAGAUGCUUCAGAACAUUUAAAAGAGGCUUCUCAUAGUUUACUGCAGGAAAGUCAGACUCCUGCAGGAGGAAAUUUAAUUUCGGCCGCUCCCAUUAUAUCUGAUGGAAUGAGUACCAUUUCUGAAACAGGAAUUUCUCAAAUGGCUUCUGGUACACCUAUGGUUGAGCCGGAAGCCUCACCUCAAUUAGCACAUGAUCUGAAAACAGACCCUUCUGCACACAGUAUUGCAACAGCUCUCGCAGAAUCCAAUUCAUCAUCCACAUUGGAUGCAAAACCAAGUGAAAUCUUGGAGCCAGCAUUGGACAUGGGUGCUAAUGUUAAGGUUCAGAACCAGCCAAAUGAUUCCUCUGUAGGACCAACAGCCGAGAAAGAUGCUUCAUCAGCAUUAACCGGAUCGACCCUAAAAGAGGAAAAUAGAAAGGAAUCUUCUGAAUAUGUUCAAUCUAAUCAUUCAGAAGUAGCAAAGGCAUCUUCUGAACAUGUUCAAUCUAACCAUUCAGAAGUAGUAAUGGAAUCAUUUGAACAUGUUCAGUCUAACCAUUCAGAAGUAGCAAAGGAAUCUUCUGAACAUGUUCAAUCUAAUCAUUCAGAGGUAGAACCAAAUAAUGCCUCACUGUUUCAUCAGCCAGAUAAUUCUAGUAGUAGUACCCAUAUCGAUGCGGAUGACUCUUCUCCUUUAUCCACUCAAGUGAUGAGGAAACCAGAAAAUAACCAUCAUUUACUGACACCAGAUAACAUUGUUCGCCCGCUUGCUAAGUCUUCCACAUUCUCAGCAAGGGCCUCAAUACGCGCUGCUAGCCCGAAGCAUCCUGAAAAAUCUGACAUAAAUAAAGGCCAUAUCGAUACAGCAGCGCCAAUUGAAUCUGUGAAGCAGGCAGUUUCCAAGUUUGGAGGGAUAGUUGACUGGAAGGCUCAUCGUGUACAGACUGUGGAGAGGCGGCAACUUGUUGAACAAGAACUAUCAAAAGUGCAGGAGGAGAUACCAUUUUAUAAAAAACAGUCUCAGGCUGCUGAAGAUGCAAAAGUGUUGGUCUUGAAGGAAUUAGAUGGCACUAAGAGACUUAUAGAAGAAUUGAAGCUGAACCUGGAGAGAGCACAAAAAGAAGAGCAACAAGCAAAACAGGAUUCAGAACUUGCCAAGCUUCGGGUGGAGGAGAUGGAGCAGGGGAUUGGCAAUGAUCUUAGUAUUGCAGCGAAAGCACAGCUUGAAGUUGCUAGGGCCAGGCAUGCAGCUGCAGUUUCUGAGCUAAAAACUGUAAAAUCUGAGUUAGAAGAUCUUCGAAAAGAUUAUGCUUUAUUGGUGUCUGAUAAAGAUGGUGCGGUGAAAAGAGCAGAGGAAGCAGUCUCUGCAUCAAAAGAAGUUGAGAAGACGUUGGAGACUUUAACUAUAGAGCUAAUCACUGCAAAGGAAUCUUUAGAGGUUGCUCAUGCUGCACAUUUGGAGGCCGAGGAACACAGAAUUGGAGCAGCUAUGGCAGGAGAGCAAGAUGCUUUAAACUGGGAGAAAGAACUGAAGCAAGCUGAAGAGGAGCUUGUCAGACUAAACCAGCAAAUUUUGUCUGCCAAGGAUCUGAGAGGAAAACUAGAUACCGCUUCAGCCUUACUGCUGGAUCUCAAAACUGAGUUGGCUGCUUACAUGGAAUCGAAGUUGAAGCAGGAAACUGAUGAAGGAAACCUCAAUGUCGAACAGUCAGAGCCAGAGAAAAGAACUCACGAUGAGAUACAAUCAGUAGUGGCCACAGCUAAGAGGGAACUAGAAGAAGUGAAACUCAACAUCGAGAAGGCUACAACUGAAGUAAAUUUCUUGAAGGUGGCAGCAACUUCAUUGAAAGCAGAAUUGGAAAAAGAAAAGUCAGAACUAGCUGCGAUCCAACAGAGAGAAGGAAUGGCAUCAGUUGCUGCUGCAUCUCUUGAAGCUGAGUUGAGCAGGACGCAGUCAGAGAUUGUUCUUGCACAGAAGAAGGAAAAAGAAGCAAGGGAGAAGAUGGUAGAGCUUCCCAAGCAACUCCAAGAGGUAUCCCAAGAGGCUGAUCGUGCAAAAUCACUUGCUCAAAUGGCGAGGGAUGAUCUGAAUAAGGCAAAGGAAGAAGCUGAGGAAGCAAAGGCUGGAGCAAGUACUGUGGAAAGUAGACUACUUGCAGUUAAGAAGGAGAUAGAGGCUGCGAAAGCUGCGGAGAAGUUGGCGCUAGCAGCUAUAGCUGCUCUUGAGGAGAGUGAAUCAGCUCAAAAAACCAAAGAUGAGGAAACCCCACCUGGAGUAACUCUAUCUUUGGAGGAGUAUUAUGAGCUCAGCAAGCAGGCGCAUGAGGCAGAGGAGCAAGCUAACAAGAAGGUGGCUGAUGCUCAUACCCAAAUAGAUGUUGCCAAGGAGUCAGAGCUGAGAAGCCUAAACAGGCUGGACGAGGUUAAUCGUGAGAUAACUGAAAGAAAGGAAGCUCUAGGAGUUGCAUUGCAAAAGGCUGAGAAAGCCAAGGAAGGGAAGUUGUCUGUAGAGCAAGAGCUGAGGAAAUGGCGAGAGGAGCAGGAGCAGAGACGGAAAGCUGGUGUAUCCAUUCCACCUACAGCAGGGAGUCCUAGAAAGGGCGAUGAGGAGAACAAUGAGUCAAAGACCUCUGAAAGUGCACCGGAGGCUACCGCAUCUUAUGACAGCACAAGUCCGAAAGCCCAACUGCAAGCAAGCAGCACUGAAGCUGAUUCAUCCCCAGAUGUGAAGGUUCCAAGGAAAAAGAAGAGGUCCUUCUUCCCAAGGAUCUUCAUGUUUCUAGGCAGAAGGAAAGCAGCACAGGCCAAGUCUGCUCAAUGAUUGCUGCAUGCACAACAUCUUGUCAUUGUUAAACAAUUGUUUCUCCAAAUUUUUGGCUGUUUGUCUCGGUUGUUAAAGCAGAAAAGUAAUCUUUCCCGAUAUGUACAUACAGAGCAUUCUUUUACAUGUACAAUAUUAAAUUAAUUCUCAGUCACUCAUAGAUAGCAUUAUAGGCGUUGUAUAAGCUUGCUGUAGGUUUGGCUGCUAAUUUCAAUUUUCAAAUGUCAUUUCUGGUGCUUCAAAUGUCCAUUCCUUCUAGUUUUGCCAACAGGAGUUGAUAAGUUCGGCUUACUCGUCAUUUCUGGGCUCCUAUUUCAUUUUUGCCUGGUUUUGUAAAGAAUAAUGAGACUGGGUGAGUGCUUCAUUAUUUGGUAGGCAUUCAAUAUAUAAUAUACCGUCAUUAGAAGUUUUUUCUUUAAUUCAA